CAUCUACAGCUGUAUCCACGGCGUGCAGAUCGAGGAGAAGAGCAGCUCUGCGCUCAACUCGCCGUCAGCCACCAUGAACAACACCCACUCCAACAUCAUGCGCCUCCUACGCACCGCUAAGAACAUGGCCACCCUGUCCGGGGUGAACGGCUCGCCACACAGCGCUCUGGAUUUCAUCCGGCGAGAAUCCUCCGUGUACGACAUAUCAGAGCACCGGCGCAGCUUGGCGGGCCACUCGGACUGCAAGCCGGCAUACAUACCAGACGACAACAUGUUCAGCGACUACAUCAGCGAGGUGGAGAGGACGUUUGGAAACAUCCACCUGAAGGACAGUAAUCUGUACCAGGACCACUACCUCCACCACCAUGGAUCGGCACUCGGGCUCAAUGGACCGCCACCCAACAGACCGCCAAGUUUGGGCAGCGCCAGUUCUCUGGAGGGCGGGAUGUUCGACUGUGACAGCCUGGGUGGAGGCGUGGCGCCGAUCUUCAGCACGCAGCCCUGCUCGGCUCUGACUCACAGGAACAUGAGCAAGUUUGACCUGCUGUCCGGACAGACCCCUCCCUCAGGACAGAGUUUCAAGGGAGGUCUGCCAGACCUGUACGGCAAGUUCUCCUUCAAGGGCGGCGCCUCCAGCUCCACGUACAUCCCCGGACAUAACUACUGUGGAGGUCGUGGCGAGGAAGAUGGGAAUAUACGCUCGGAUGUGUCGGACAUUUCUACGCACACAGUCACCUACGGGAACCUGGAGGGUAAUGCCAAAAAACGCAAACAAUACCGAGAUAGCCUGAAAAAGAGGCCGGCCUCUGCCAAGUCCAGACGGGAGCUGGACGAGAUCGAGCUGGGCUACCGGAGGAAACCGUAUCACAUCAGCCACCACCACUACCACGGCCACCGCUCGGCCUCGCCGCCACUUUUACCCCCUGAACGGAAAAGAGGAAGUAGUGGUGGCGGGAACAACGAGGGUAACUCCUACGUCUUCAGAGAGAAGGAGAGCGUUAGGGAUUUUUAUUUGGACCAGUUUCGGCCCAAGGAGGGGGUCCCUCAGUGGGAACAUGUGGACCUCACAGAUGGCCCCGGGAGCAGAGAUGGAGGCGUGGCGCCCUGCACCACCCUGGUCCCUGUGGAUGAUUUUCUUAAGAGCAAACCUAAAAAGACAGAUUCUAAGGGUGGUGGAGGAUCUGGGCUGGCGGGGGGAGAGUGGGAGUGCAGGAACUGUCGGGCUAGCGGUGGGGGCAAACAGAUGUCCAUUCAUGGUAGUGGGUACGGUGGAGGUAUGAGCUGCGGGACCUCCGGAGGGGGAGGCAGCCGCCCCAGUUCUGCAACCUGCAUGCGCUGCGAGGGCUGUAAAAAGCAGCAGACAGGAAACCUCUAUGACAUCAGCGAGGACAACAACCACCUCUUGGAACAGAUGGGGGGGAGAAAAGGGGGCGGGGGAGGGGUAGGCCCUCCGUCUCAACCUCAGGGCCAGCAAAGGAGGAAGGGGGGAUUUGGCAAACCGCUGAGGCGACAGCACUCGUAUGACGCAUUUGUGGACCUUCAGAAAGAGGAAUCGGGAGGAAUGGGAAGUUUAAUGGGGAUUGGAGGAGUGGGGAUCGGGGGUCCGGGAAUGGGAGGGAUGCUGCCCCCGCCCAGGAGCGUUAGCUUAAAGGAGAAAGAACGCUACAUGGACGGCACAAGCCCCUUUGCACACAUAUUUGAGCGCCAUGGUGGAUCGGAGAGGGAGCGGGAAAGAGACAGGGACCCUUUGUUUUACGGAGGCGAGAGCCGGAAAGGACCCGGCUCGCCGUUUGGCCUGUUCAGGGGCGGAGACGGACUCCACCGCCGCUCCAUCGGAGAGAGAGACACGAGAGACAGGGAUCGGUCUCUGAUGGAAGGAGGCGGAGGGGGGUUCUCUUUAUCUAAAUCUCUUUACCCUGACCGGGUAAACCAAAACCCCUUUAUACCCACCUUUGGCGACGAUCAAUGUCUGAUGCACGGCGCCAAACAAUACUACAUGAAAAAGCAACAGCAGCAGCAACAAGUCGCCAAAAACAGCCGAAGUGACUUCAGAAGCCAGAUGAGUACGACGUCUUAUCUACCGGCGUCCGCCUCGGCCGGAGUGAUGUCAAACGUGGCGCCCCGGUUCCCGAAAGAGCUCAGCCUCGGUGGGAUGAACCACCACGGGUCCAUGCUGGGCGUCGGCCCCCCUCGCCCCUUCAACGGAAGCAAUGGCCAUGUGUAUGAGAAACUGUCCAGCAUUGAGUCGGACGUGUGAGAGAACAAGGAAAGGAGGAGGCAAAGGAGGGAAGGAGAGGAGGAGGCAAAAGGGGGAAGGAGAGGAGGAGGCAAAGGAGGGAAGGAGAGGAGGAGGCAAAGGAGGGAAGGAGGGGAGGAGUCGUCAUGUAGUGUACGGAGAUCAGGGAUGAUUUUAAAGACACUGUCCAUGCACUGCGACCUCGGCCCACAUUGGGACAGAAAGACGAUGUAGAGGGGGGGAGGGGUCUGAAAGGGGAGAGGGAGACUUGAAGGUUUUUGUAAGAAAUGUGCUUCAGAUUCAGGACGCCGUGAGGAGGAGGGGGAUGUAAGCGCUCUCUCAGAUUUGGCCAAAGUAACAGUUGAUUAACCCCUUUAUCUCCCCCCCCCUUUAACGCCACAAACGCACUCAACUCCAAGUCCUUUCUUUCACCCACCAGAGAGGCAGAAGUCGAUGCGCUCGGUUAUCACUGCGAAGACGAGACAUCUCAUCUCGGUUUGAUCUCAGACGUGUGAGCGAGGUGCGAUGUGACGGCCGUCUGAGAGAGGAGCGAACUGCCCCAUCUGCCCCCGAUGUCACCUCAGAAAGGAGACAUGGUCACUUCCACUCGAGCCGCCACACGGGACAUGACGAGCCCCCCCCCCCCCCCUCAGCUCGGCCUGGCCGUCUCUCUCCUCUCCUCCUCCUCAUCCCUAACGCCAAAAGAUCUGAUCUUGUUUGCUGUGAGAAAUACAAUCAUGAAUGAUAAUAAGAUAUUCUUAUAGAAAACACAGGGUAUAAGAACAACAUAAUAUUGAUAACAUUGUGAAUAACAAAGAUGUUAGUUCUGAUUAUGAUAACACUGAUUACUUUUUCUUGUUUUCUGUUCUCACUGCUGUUUUAGAAUCUGUCGUUGUAUCUCUGCUGCCCCUAGUGGCGGCAGCAGGAAGGUUGUUUUAAAUUCAACCAAACGAGCCAGAAAGACUUGAACUCUUCACUUUUCUUUUUGGAACAUUUGAUCCAUGUUCAUUCAUUUAUUUGCUCCUUGUUGGAAACAGGAUCUCAAAGACACGUUUGGAGCUGACAGAUCCUUUUUGUUGUUUUCAGACAUUGCUAAUCAAUGCACACACACACACACACACACACACACACACACACACACACAUACACACACAUACUGAAAAACAUGUUUUUGUGGGCCUGAACUUGUGUUACUGUGAACAACACGCUCCGUCACAAACUGAAGACGCUGAAGAGGAAGGACGUGCCUUAAUGGUCUCCAGUGGAUGUGUCCUCCUGAUCCCGGCCCCCCACAUGGCGGCGGCGGGCGGCGGAGGCAGCAGGACGGCCCUGCGUGUUUUCGAGGCUGCUCUCUUCGGCGUUAUGAACCAAAACUGCAGCAGCAGGGUGGAGACGCUGCUCCUGACGGUUUGGAUACAAGACGCUGUGGGUUUUAUAACUUCUUAAAUUAAUUUCAUAUGUGGAGUUUUGGGCUUUAAGAAGCCGUUGUAUUCAGGAUGUCCCACCGUCACGGAUCGACAGACGCGUCUCAUUUCACAACACGGCAGCCUUUAGACCACUUCUUUUAUUCAGGUUACAUGACGACCGUCGCCGGGCGCUUAACGUCUCUCGGACUCUCCUGGAAGCUCUGUGUGGACGCUUGUGCUGCGGCGUCGUUGAUUUGUAGGUGAAAUGAUCGUAAAUGAUGUGAUGUCGCCCCGUGAAGGCGAUGCUGAUAAAAGCUUGAGCUCAUUUGAAAUCCUUCUCUAAAAUCUCUCGACUGAGGCGUCAGGAAGCUGGCCAUCUUGUGAAAGUUCUCCGGCUCUGACUGAUGUAGAUAGUCUCCUUUCAGCCCGAGAGGCCGAAUUUAUUGCACAGGACAUUUUACUGAGUGUAGGUUCAGGCACUAAGUAGACAUGCCUUAUCGUCCCAUCGACCCCCCCCCCCCCCCCGACGCGGAGCCGUCUGAUGAUGACUCAUCAUUUUACUGUACAGAAUAAAGACGUGUCUAUUAGUUAUUUUAAAGGUUUGAUCUUCGAUUAGCCGCCGGUGUCAGAAGUUCAAGGGCUGCAGGAGUGCUGGCAGAGAUUGGAGCUGCUGGAGCGUGCAGAGAGCGAGAGCUUUGUCUUACCCCCCCAUCCUAAUGCACGGAUGUAAUGGGUUGGCGUGAGUGAGCGAGUGUGUGUGUGUGUGUGUGUGUGUGUGUGUGUGUGUGUGUGUGUGUGUGUGUGUGUGUGUGUGUGUGUGUGUGUGUGAAAGGAAAGCAAAUCACGAUUGAAUGAUAGCAGCUGUAUUUUUUUUCCCCACGAACUUGCUGAUAACUUGCUCAUACAUCCAGAGCCUCUCCUCCUCCUCUUCCUCCUCCUCCUCUUACUCCUCCUCCUCUUCCUCCUCCUCCUCUUCCUCCUCCUCCUCC